AUGCGCAAGGUCGACUCAAUCACGGCCCUCACCAUGGACCCGUCGUCUCCCGAGGCGAAGGAGCUCCAGUCGAUGGGCGCCAAGGUCGUGCAACACGUCCUCGGCUGCCAGCGCGAGGUCACAAAGGUCAUCAAGGACACGGGCUGCGACACCAUCUGCCUCAUCCCGCCCGCGCAUCCCAGCAAGUUCGACAUUUCUGCCGAGCUCGUUAACGCAGCCGCGAUGUCGAACGUCGCCAACGUCUGCCUCAUCAACCCCCUGGGGUGCAACUACGCUGGUCCCCAGAGGCAACCUCAGCUACAAGAGUUCAUUGACCUGGAGAGCCUGACCCUCUCCGCCAAGGGAAAUUUUGCCACGCAGCUGGGUCAUUCCCCGGUCGUCAUCCGGGCGGGAUUCUACGCAGAUAAUCUCCUCUUCUACGCCCCGCAGGCGCAGAAGGACGGCAUUCUCCCGCUGCAGAUCGGAACAGGCCACAAGUUCGCACCGGUCGCUCUCGGCGCAAUUGCCGCGCACGUCCUCACCGGCAAGGGCCAGCACGGCUUCGACGACAAGCAUCGGGGCCAGAUGAUGGUGGUCACGGGUCUUAUGCUCUGCGCGGGCGAGGAGCUCGCGACGGCCGCGAGCCAAGCGCUCGGCGUCAAAAUGGAGUUUGAAAACAUCUCCGAGACCGAGGCGAGAAAGGUGCUGUGCGCCCAGUCCGAGAGCGACGACUCGGAAUAG